UACGGCGCGCGGCGGCUUGCCCCCAGAGCCGAGCCCGGCGCAGCGCACGGCGCAGCGGCUCCAUUUUGCCUCGCUGCGCGCCGGCUCCGGGCAGGCUGGGCUGGCGGCGGGGGCUGUGCACGGUGCUGCGGGGCGAGCGCGGAUCCCUUGCACGCCCCCCGCCAUGGCCGCGGAAGGCGGGCUCGCGUGGGCGCCGGGGCGAGCAGCCGCUGCGCGCUGGUGAAGCUGCCCCCGGGGCGUCCCGAAGCCGCCGGAGCGAGCCUGACAAAAGGACGGGGCGUGAGACUGCUCCGCUCCGGGCUCGCGGGGCGGCGCGGGGCUUUGUGCGCGGCUCUGACCCCAGGCGGGAGCCCAAGCGGGGGAGCUGGACGCUGAAAGGCUGCUGAGAUUGGCCCUGGUUUCUGGUCGUUUCCUGGUGGAUCCCCCCCCCGGAUUGCAACAUCGCGCUCGGCUUCCCCUCUGGCUCGGCCGCGCGGGGAUUUGCUGACUAUGGAGACAGUGGAAAAGGAGUGCGGAGCCCUGGGGGGCCUUUUUCAAGCCAUCGUCAACGACAUGAAGACUGAGCCAAAUCCUGUAUUCAAGAAAAUGAUCCUAUUGAUGUCCCUUCAGCGGCUCUGGAAGUACCCAGGGACCCAGCUGGAUAGAUUGGGGAGCUUGGUCUGGGUACAGAAGACAAGCUGGAUUUUGCUCCUGACAUGUCUAUCUCCAUGGAAGGGCCAUGGUAGUAUAAUGCACUGGUGGUGUGCUUGCAGCUCCUACCCCAUCUGGGAAGAUUUCAACUCCAAGGCAACUAAGCUGCACUCCCAGCUCAGGACUACAGUGCUGGCAGCAGUCGCCUUCCUGGACGCCUUCCAGAAAGUGGCAGACAUGGCCACCAACACACGAGGGGCCACAAGAGACAUUGGCUCGGCACUGACCCGGAUGUGCAUGCGGCACCGCAGCAUCGAGGCCAAGCUGAGGCAGUUCACCAAUGCCCUGAUGGAGAGUCUCGUCAACCCCCUGCAGGACAGGAUUGAGGAUUGGAAGAAAACGGCCAACCAACUGGAUAAGGACCAUGCGAAAGAGUACAAGCGAGCCCGCCAUGAGAUAAAGAAGAAAUCCUCUGAUACGCUGAAGCUGCAGAAGAAGGCCCGCAAAGAGCUACUUGGGAAGGGGGACCUACAGCCCCAGCUGGACAGUGCUCUCCAAGACGUCAAUGACAUGUACCUCCUUCUGGAAGAGACUGAGAAGCAGGCUGUCCGCAAGGCCCUCAUUGAGGAGCGGGGCCGCUUCUGCACCUUCAUCACCUUCUUGCAGCCUGUCGUGACUGGCGAGAUCACCAUGCUGGGAGAGAUCACUCACCUGCAGGGCAUCAUGGAGGACCUGGUGGUGCUGACCGCAGAGCCGCACAAGCUGCCCCCUGCCAGCGAGCAGGUGAUCAAAGACCUGAAAGGCUCUGACUACAGCUGGUCCUAUCAGACUCCUCCAUCCUCCCCCAGCAGCUCUGGCUCCCGCAAGUCCAGCAUGUGCAGCAGCGUUAACAGUACAAAGGGUGGUACCGCUCGGUCCAGCGGGUCCCAAACAUACUCACCAGGUUCCACCUAUCGCUACCGCAGCCUGGCGCAGCCGGUUAAUGCCAACACCCGCCUGUCCAGCGUCUCCUCCCACGACUCUGGCUUCAUCUCCCAGGAUGCCACGUACUCCAAGCCGCCUUCUCCGAUGCCGUCUGACAUCACCAGUCAGAAGUCCUCCAGUUCCGCAUCCUCCGAGGCCUCGGAAACCUGCCAGUCAGUUAGUGAAUGCAGCUCCCCCACCUCGCUGAAACCUAUGAAUGUAGCUCAUGUGGCCAGGACUGAAGGAAGCUCCCGAAGAAGCCUGAGCCUGGAUUGGUCCAAGGCCAGUCCUUACGACCAGCCGGUGGUCACCACCCUGCAGCGGAGGAAGGACCGCGUGGAGCAUCUGCGGGAGGCCGAGAUGGGCUCCGCCAGCAUGGGGUACCCAGGAAUUAACCUGGAGGACGUGCCCAGGCCCAGGAUGUCCCCAGCUACCAUCGCCGCCAAGCAUGGUGAGGAGGUGUCCCCUGCUGCCAGCGACCUGGCCAUGGUGCUCACCCGUGGCCUGAGCCUCGAACACCAGAAGAGCAGCCGGGACUCCCUGCAGUACUCCAGUGGCUACAGCACCCAGACCACUACACCGUCCUGCUCAGAAGACACCAUCCCGUCUCAAGGCUCGGAUUACGACUGCUACUCGGUGAACGGAGACGUGGAGUGCGACAGCCAGAGCGAGUUUGACAAAUCCUCCACCAUCCCGCGCAACAGCAACAUCGCCCAGAACUACCGCCGCAUGAUCCAGACCAAGCGCCCCGCCUCCACUGCUGGGCUGCCCACCGGGACCCCCCUGCCGGCUAGUGCCCCCCCUGGCGUGGCCACCAUCCGCCGCACGCCCUCCACCAAGCCCUCGGUGCGCCGCACCCUCUCCAACGCCGGGCCCAUCCCCAUCCGGCCCCCUAUCGUCCCGGUGAAGACCCCCACGGUUCCAGACUCCCCGGGCUACACAGGGCCCACCCGGGUGGGCAGUGAAGAGUGUGUAUUUUACGCCGACGACGCCUCGCCAAACGCCAUGGACUUCGCCAAAGCCUCGCCCAAGAGGCUCAGCCUCCCCAACACAGCCUGGGGUAGCAACGCCAUGGAGAUCUCGGUGUACCCGGGUGCAGGGCAGCACCUCUCUGCGGAGGAAGAGGAGGACCAGCAGCUGGCCGCCAACCGGCACAGCCUGGUGGAGAAGAUUGGCGAGCUGGUGGCCAGUGCCCGUGCCCUGGGUGAGGGCCAAUUCCCCUUCCCCACCGCUCUCUCUGUCCCUGGCCCUGGAGAGGAGAUGCCCACUCUGCCCCCAGCUGCCUCCAGCGACCCCCCUGCAGAAGACAUGCUGGUAGCCAUCCGGCGCGGGGUGCGCCUGCGCAGGACCAUCACCAACGACAGAUCCGCCCCCCGGAUAUUGUGAUGACACUCCCCCCACCCGCCGCGUCCCAUGGGAAGAGAGCAAACACAGGGUCCGGACUGAGCACAGAAGAGAAAUCAAUCCAAUAAAGAAUCACAGAGGCAAAGCCACUUUAUGGAGCUAGAGACGAGUUUAGAUUUAAAUGGAAAUUUAAAAGUCUUCGCUAACAAACUCGCAAGGCGCCGCCUAGGAGGCACUGAACUGGUUUUGGAGCCUAUUUUGUAUUUCAUUUCUCACGCCCUUCUGCUCCUCCUCGUUCCCCAUCCCCUCCCCACACCUUGCUGCUGGCUGUUAAAGACUCCUCGCUGCCAGCAGGAGGCAGCGCUACAAGAGGGGGCCACCCCCACUGGGUGUUGCGGGGGGGAGGGGGAGCACGAACCUGGACUCAAAUAAGCAGCUACAUAAUAAGUAUAAAGAACACACACAGACACACACACACAACGCCAAGGACCGCUGGCUGCUGUUCCCCCCACAAGCCACCUCCCUCCUCUUCCGCUGGAUGCAAGAUGCACUGUUAGUCCUGUGCUAAGCCUCUGACCGUCCCCCUCCUCUCUCCUCCCUCCCUCCUGGGCUGCAGUGAAAUGACUCACCAAAGCAUCAGAGGAGUGGAUAGAGGUCCUGGCUCACGCGGCCCUAUCCCCUGAGGUGCUUUGGCUGUCACCGCCUCCCCAAUAUGCCUUUGCUGGCGGAGCAGCUGCCCCUCCAUGUGUGCCCCCGGCAGUGGAUUUGGAGGCUAGCACUUCAUAGUCUCCGGUUGAAAACUUGGCACUGUACCAAAAGCCAGGCUCUCUUCCCCUCCUGAGUAGCUGAGAUGUGGAAGGACUUCCCCGGCUCUGCCCAGACCUCAGGCCAGGGGCCUUGGGUACGUGUGUUUCUCAGGAGGUUAGACUGCUUGUGUGGGUCUCUAGCCGUAGAGUGACAAGGCAGGGGUAGGGGUGCCCAUCCACAGCUCUGCUAGCAACCAGCAGCAUUGGUAGUUUAAAGGAACCGGCCUGCUCAAGGGUUACCCUUUCCCGCAUCCAGCUUCACAGCCCGCAUUUGCCCUGGGGCUGGUUACCGAAGUACAGGGUAAAGGGGUUGCCAGACAGCUAGGAAUCCAGCAGGCCUCUGCGAGGUGUGCCUCGGAGUGUGCGGGGGGAUCUGGGGUUGGGUGGCCUGGGGCUGUUCGUGCAGCAUAGUCCCUAACUGGGUGUUUGCAUGAGUGUGUGUCAAGCUGGGGGGUUGCACGUGUGCCUGGCUGUGGAUGGAUGCAGGGUUUUGCAGCAGGGGGUGGGGGGUGCAUCUGCCCACACUUACUCCUGCUCUCCCCUAACAGUCGUAGCCGCCAGAUCAGCACGAACACGGAACGCUGACCUGGAACGGGACAGCCAGCACCGGGCCCCGGUGGAUUUGUCAUGGUGAAGUGCCCUGGAGCUGGGAGGCCCAUCCCUGGCAUUACGCUACACAGGGCUGUGCCGCGGGGACUCGGUGCCCUGUGCCUUCCCUGUCCCAGUAAGAUGCCAUCCCAUGAGGAAUGGGAAUCUCGGGUCUUGCUCAGUGGCCAUUCUCCCCCUGCCCCUCCAGACUCACAGCCAGUCUCACCUACUCCACACACGGUCCCAUUGAAAAGCAUGGGGACUCCCCACACAGGAAGGUGUUACUCAGUGGGAGUAAAGGUGGCAGAGUCAGACCUGCCUCUUUUACAAAACAGCCGUUAGCCUCAGUGGCCACGGCCGGCGAAAGGACCGACUGGAUACAAGGUGGGCAGAGCUGGCAGGCCAGAGCCCAUAAGCCCCGCUGGAGGCCUCUCAGUGAGGACAUGGUUCUCCUGGGGACCCUAGAUCACAGCUCCUUGUCACUGAGCUCUGAUGGUAAAUUUAACGCUGCUUAGCCCAAGGCCCCCGGGGGCUAAUGAUCAUGAGCAUCCCAAUAAUCACGGCCUCGUGGCAUCUCCCAGCACCUGCUUUCCCACGGCUGCCAACCUGAUGAGGUGCUGCGUCCUUCCUCAGAAGUCAGUGGUGUGGCACAAUCACUGUCCCCGCAUUAACUGGAUUUUGAGUUAGAGGCAGGAGAGCCACCGAAGGGUUAAUUUUGGAGGCGGGGGGACAGAUUUAGGGAUGACCGUCUGUUCUGUUCAUAACCUGGUCUGAUGGACACACCUCCCUCAUUGCUUAUAAGCUGGGCUUUGCCAUGGUGGCUGGAUAAAUACAGUGAGAGAACAGGAACGGGGAGCUGCUGCAGGCCAGCGCACUCCCGUAAAGACCUUGCAGCAGCCGUGCCAAAGGAAGGGCUCGCUGAUUCAGCAUGAUCUGGAUCGCUUGGUAAACUGGGUGCAAGCCAACAAUACGCAUUUUAAUAAGGGUAAACGUCCAUGUACACAUCUGGUAACAAAGAACAUAGGCCAUGCUUGCAGCCUGGGGGACUCUCUCCUGGCACGCAGGGACUGAAAGAGAUUUGGGGGUGUGGGUGGAUAAUCAGUGAACGUGAGUUCCCAGUGCAACUCUGGCCAAAAGAGCUAAUGCCAUCCUGGGGUGCAUCAAUGGGAAUGAUGAGUAGAAGCAGAGAGGUUCUUUUGUCUCUGUAUUUGGCACUGGUGUGACCACUGUUGGAAUCCUGUGUCCAGGUCUGGUGCUCACCAUUCCAGAAGGAUGUGGGUAAAUUGGAGAAGGGUCAGAGAAGAGCCACGAGACUGAUUAAAGGCUUAGAAACCCUGCCUUGGAGUGACAGACUGAGCUCCUUGAGUCUAUUUAGCUAACAAAGAAAAGGUUAAGGGGUGACUUGUAGAUACUUAUAGAUUGCGAUCGUGGGGAGCAACCGUUGAAUAAUGGGUGCUUCCGUCUAGCCGAUGAAGGUCUAACACAAGCCAGUGGCUGACAGUUGAAGCUAGACCCAUUCAGCCUGGAAAGGAGGUGUACAUGUUUCAUGGGUAGAGUAAUUAGCCAUUGGAGUGAUUAAGCAAGGGUCGAGGUGGAUUCUCCAUCAGUGGCAAUGUUAAAAUCAGAACUGGCUGUUUCUUAAAAAGCUCUGCUCUAGGGAUUACUGUGGGGAAGUCCUAUGGCUGGUGCCAUGCUGGGGGGUCAGACCAGGUGAUCCCAGUGGGCCCUUCUGGCCUUGGAAUCUGCAUCUAUGCCUGGCCUCCUCCAUGCCAUGCAUGUUGAGCUGGGUAGAGUGUGAGGGUGCUCAAGCUGUCUGCCUCUUGCCCUUCCCUGCCUUCCUCCCCCCCCAAACCUACAACAUCUGUACUGGCUGACAGAAGGUGACGUUGGGAAGGAGGAGGGAUUUGUGAUGAGUGAGUGCGUGACUGGAGGGGAGGAAGCUAGGGGCAGGGUGUCCUGGCUGAACGGCAGUGGCUAUGUGGUCUUUAGGGUUUGGGUUUGGAAAGGGGAGAGCUGGUCUUUCCCUGCAUCUGAUUGGAUAGGAAUGAAUAGUACUCAACCAGCUUGCUAGAGAAAUGAUGAGUUAUGAUUGGUUGAGAGCUGGUCUAAUCCACCCCCCUCUCUUCCUCACCACUUUACCUUAAGAAGCCAGAAGCACUGGCCUUACACCCAGGAUCCCUUCGAAGGACCGAUAGCUCAGGGUACCAUCGUCACCAGAUGGCCGACAGCAGUGGGAUGGGGACAGAGAACCACCAUUUGGUUAUUACAGGAGAAGGGAGCCACACGAGGGCUACCCUUGGCCUGGUGUAUUUUGCACUGAACAGUAGCUGAGCAGAGGGGAUCCUGCAGCGAUGGGAGCCAUGUCAGACCCUGGAUAAGCAGACUGAGCUACUAUGGAUAGAAUGGCCCAGUGAUUGGGGAUCUCCGUUGGUUUUGGUGAGUUGCACCGGAGAUGAGCAGGGCCCGUUGGUUUUGGUGAGUUGCACCGGUGAUGAGCGGGGCCCGUUGGUUUUGGUGAGUUGCACCGGAGAUGAGCGGGGCCCGUUGAUUUUGGUGAGUUGCACCGGAGAUGAGCAGGGCCCGUUGGUUUUGGUGAGUUGCACCGGAGAUGAGCAGGGCCCGUUGAUUUUGGUGGAGUCGCACUGUAGUUGACUCCCAUGGUUUUGAUCUUAUUGUUCAUCUCUCCUGUAGCCUGCCAGGCUUUCAACAGCAUGCUGGGGGUUGGCUCUCCUGUUCCUUGAGAAACAUUUCAGCCAAGCAGAGCAGCCCUGUGCCUCUCUGAAGUAGAUGUGUGAUGGGCGGGGCUGGAGAGGGGGGAUUGCAUUAAGAAUAAAGGCCAAGCUAGUAGCAUGUACAAUCCACCUCUGAUGUGAAAAGCAAAGGUCUCUGAACUGCAGCCAAGGAGCCGCGUCCCUGGGCUCCGAAGGUCUUAGUUUUUGAAAAUGGUUAUUUUAAGGAUCUGUAAAAGGCAUUUAAGAAAGCACAACCUCUCCUUCCCCCCUCCCUGGCCUUUUCUUUCGCCUUCUCUCUCCCGCUCCUCAUGCAAAGCACAGCAGAUCACCACGAUGUACAUAGCUCCAAAGGAGAGUUCCCAGCCCGCCCCACCAGCCCAGGGGUGUGUGGGUGUGUGUGUGUAUGUGUGUGUCGCAUCUCAACCCUGUUACUCUUACACUGUGUAAUAAAGAUUAGUUAUAACCUCUCUCCGUCCCGUCUCUCCUGCCCCUCUUAUUGUGACCAGAGCUGAUGAUGACGCGUGACAACUGUUUGUUUUUUGGUUUUAUUUUUCAUUUUGUACAGAGAAAAAAAUUUCCUUUAAAAAAAUGUCUUUCGACUGAAGUAACUUUUCUGGUGCUGUUGUUAACUUGUUCCUUUUUUUAAUUUAUUUCCCCCCCCCACCCCCACCCCUGCUACCCUUUCCUCACCCUCUCUUUUUCUUUUGUUUUUUGGAUAAUUAUCCUGUUCCCCACCCCGCCCUUGAUUUAAAUAGUCACUGCUACAAGUAACGAAUGCACUGUGAAGAUUCCAGUAUUAAUAAAAGUUGUACUGUAAUUAAUA